UUAGACUGCGGCUGGCUUGACUUUCACCUCUCCUUCGACCCCCCCUUCGUCAGUCUCCCAGUCUCCUCUUUCCUCCUCUUCUCAGUGCCACGCUUAAAUCCCGACCUAUAGGAACCCCGAGGCCCCUCCUACCCCGAGGCCCCUCCCACCCCGAGGCCCCUCCCACCGACGGGGUCACUGCGGGGGCCGCUGUCUGAGAGCUGUGAGGAGCUGACCUGUACCCGUCACAGAAUCGCAAACAUUACCUUGUCAGUCUGAUUUCGAGGUCUGAUAUCUUCUAGCACAGCCCCGUAUCGGCGAUUUGGCCACACCGGUGCGACUGUGAACCUCACAUGAUGCUCCAAAGCACCCCCCCGCUACCAUGUCCAGCAUUAAAUUAAGACAGGAAGAUGGUGGGUUACGCUGAAGGAACGAAGAGUCCAGAUGUGGCUGACGUCCCUGUCUUCAUCUGAGCAGGAGACCUGACCCUGGGUGAUGUGCUACGGAUCCAGCUGUGUCCACAAGGGGGUGCGAUGAGCCCUGUUUCAUCAUUUGUACCUCAAGAGUGUAAAGUCGGAAGGGAUCGUGGCAGAAGUGGACAGAUGAAGAAAGCUGGACCCUUUGCUGCCUGACAUGCCUAAGUCCCAGCCCCCCCUUUCUCCCUGCCCGCCCCUUCAUUGGUCCCCUGGCCACAUCACCCACACCCUGAUCUCAAGCGUAUGCCUCUGCUCCUGUCAUGUCAGGCUCUUCAGUCCCAGACUGGUCAACCUCACUCACCCGAAAUCCCAGCCCCUCCCCACCCCCCCAGCACUCAGACAAUAAAUCUGCCCAAAGCAGCUCUCACAGCUCUGACUCCUCUCUUACAGUCUGCACUCAACAACUUUUACGUACAGUAAGCUCUGCUUCCAGGCUGUUUUGCUGACAUUGCGCUGGAUUGCUUUGCCAUAAUUUAUGCUUUGGAUUCUUUUUAAUAUAUUUUUGACAUUUUUUCUGUGUGUGUGUGUGUGUGUGACAGAGAGAAAGAGAGAGGGAGAGAGAGAGACCGGCCAACUUUAGAACAGGAAGCAUUAACCAUUGUAAUACAUUUAUAUACUAUUUAUUUAGCAGAUAUUUUUAUUCAAAGCGACGCACGUUUUUUAGAAGUCCCUGGAGCAGUUACAAAGGACCCAAUGGUAAAAUCACUCUGCUAACCCUGGGAUUUGAACCAGAAACCUUCUGAUCACAGGCACAGCAUCCUGUCCCAUUGAGCACCGGACCGGGGCCCUUGUAAUAAAUUAUAACGUUUGAUUUUCGUAUAUAUUUAUCCACUUACCUGUGGUCUCCGGUGAGCACACUGCAUUGCAAUGAUUUAAGGUUCUCAGUAGAGUCUCAACAAAUAUCAGAUUCUUCCAAAGAACCUGAGAUUUCCCUUCAUGGUCAGUGCUGAGGUUUAGUCUGUAGGCCAACAGCUGUGGUUGGGUUACAGAUCCUCCUCCAUAUGCAGGCAGAGCCCUGUGUGACGAUGGGAUGCAUCGACUGGCCGCCUCUGCCCCAUUAAGAACAUUCCAUCUCCUCACUUCGGUGCCACCAUUGCUAAUUGUUAUGAUUGGUUCACUUAGCAUGUGACUUCGUCCAAAGUGCCCACUUUUACCAACUCUGCAUGCGUAGCUCCCAAGAGUAGGAGAGGCUCUCCUAGGAGCAAACCAAGCCAAUGAGAAGUGGAUUAAUAUUCUGCAGCUUCUCCAGCUUGAGCUUAAUAUACCCCCGCCUCCCAUUUUAUCCAAACCGUUGGCUGUGGAGGUACUUUUGACCCCCUUUUGGAAUAUGCAGUGGAACAGACCAAGACUUGGCUUAAAAUAGCUUUUUAUUCCGUUUUUUCUCAAAAGAUAAUUAAACGCAACUUCUGAGGUGUAGCGGUGACACCCGGGGGAAGGGCACCAGCGCGGCACUCAGGAACAAAGGGGGAGGAGAGAAACCAUUUGGAGGAGCAACAGGUCCUCGCGCCAGACUUCGUUCCAGCAGGGGGCUUUCCUGAACAGUGGCUCACCCACGCCACCACUCUGCAGAUGGACACUGGCCUGACAGACUUUUCUCAACCGGGGCCAGCAAUGAACUUGGAUGUGGGGGUGGCUCUGCUCUCAAUGGAGAGGCCCCCCGCACUUGCGGACCCCCAGAGACCCACCCCAUCACUCACCGACCAGGACACGGCGGCUGGAUCACCGAAGGACAGGGGUGAGGCAGGAAUCUUUGGACACACUGUGGAUCCCAUAUCAGUCUGGGGUGAGCCCUGGGGAGGCGACGUGGGCUUACGGGCAGAGCUCCCCUUCACCCCCAGCGUCUCCACGGUGAUCAGCCGGCAUGCCAGCCAGAUGGUUGAUGGUCCCCAGGAGCCGAGGGACCCCCAGUGUCUCCAGGGGCCAGGGGCCUUAGAGGAGAGGGAGGGGGAGGUCUCAGAACGCAGGCAGCAGCAGAAGAAGAAGAAGAAAAGGAGGAUCAGGGACGACAUGUACGACACGGGUGACGGUCGUAGUUCACUGGAAACUCAGUCUGAAGGCACCGCCCCAGUGGACAACGCUCGCAGGAACGCUCUGCGAAGAGAUGGUGGCUGGGAGCGUGAAGAGGGAGGCAGGAGUGCUACCCGAGUCAAGAAGGGCAAAAACAGGAAGAAGAUCCCCGAGGAAUGGGCCUUGCCCCUAGAGUCUCAGCUGCAGGAGUUGGCAGCAGAACCCGUCGCCUUCCCUCUGGCUCCUGAAGAUCUCCCAAGCCUGAAGGAACAGCUCCUCUCCUCCACAGAAGCCUCGUCGUUCACGCACGGCCUGGACGAGUACCCCCCUCCCAGCUUGCCUACCUCCCUGGCUGAGGACCUGCUGUGUCUCACGGGAGGCGUUUCAUCGCCCCCUCCAUUCGCACUGCAUCCCAAGGCCUCCCCCCUGCCGAUGUCCCCUUUUCAGGGAGACCAGUGCUCACCACCUGCAAAUGCCAGUCCUGAACGAGAGAUUGCCCUGGUUCGUCUGGAAGUGCCUGAUAGUUUCAGCCUGGCCACAGCUAGAGACAGUCUCUCCCUUGACUUAGAUCUACUUACCGGAGGCACGUUCACAUCAUUUCUUCCUGAGGUGGCUCCUCAGACCCCUGACAGCAAACCGGCCUCCAGUGAAGAGAGCCAAAAUGAUCUGGGUGAUCAGGGGCCCUUGAACACCAUCUCCGUCGCAGAGUGGUUGGAGAUGGAGCCCCCCGCUCUCCCUAAAGAGACCCCAGCCUCUGACUCAGAUGCCCCCAUGGAUAAAGUAGCCCUCCUUCCUGAUGCCACUAAAGACCUCUCCUGCACAACCCCUGAGGAACUAGAUCACAAGCCCUUCCUUCUCAGAGGAGAACCUGUCCCCAUCCCAGGUCCCCUCAGGCCCCGUACCUCCUCCCCAGACCUGAUACCCUCGUCUUCUCCUGGACAAAUACCUCCGAUGGAACGAGGAGAGCCUCGAUCCCCAGGGCAGAAACCGCCGAAGAAGACCCGGCCUACCAAGGACCCCUCGUCCCCCCCUAGGUUUAAGCGGUCCCCUCCCCAUAGCCCUCCAGCCUUCACCCAAUCCUCCCCCCGCUCCGGGUUGAACCCUGCGGCCCCGCCCUUCGUCCCCCGCCUCCCAGAUGCCCCUGUGCCCCCGGUGAUCUCGGGGAAGGAAAUCAAGAAACGCAUAGAGCAUUCCAAGCAGGAAGAGAAAACAGAAAAGACUAGCAAGCAAGAAAAAGUUGAAAAGACAGAGCCCUCACAAAAGUCAGAGAAACUGGAGUCAGUGGAGAAGAAUGGCAAUGUAGAUGAAGGUGAGAAGAUCGAGAAGAAUUCUGCGAAACUGGACGGACAGCAGAAAGGGGAAGUGGAAAGUCUUGGCGAAAAGGCAGAUAGUGUCAAAGUAAAGAGUACAAUGGAGACAGCAGAAAGAGUGGAACAGCUGGAUGAGAUAGAAAUGCUAGAGAAGAAAGAAAAUGUGCCACAUAAGAUGGAAAACAAUAAAGUAGAUAAAACAGAAAAGGUGGAGAAGGAUGAUAAAGUAGAGAAGAUGGAAAAGGUGGAGAAGGAUGAUAAAGUAGAGAAGAUGGAAAAGGUGGAGAAGGAGGAUAAAGUACAGAAGACGGAAAAGGUGGAGAAGGAGGAUAAAGUACAGAAGACAGAAAAGGUGGAGAAUAAGGUAGAAAUGGUGGAGAAGAUGGAUAAUGUAGAUAAACCAGAUAAGGUGGUGAAGGAGGAUAAAAUAGUAGAGAGGAUGGAAAAGGAGAAGUUGGAUAAAGUAGAGAAGAUAGAUAAAGUGGAGGAUAAUGUAAAGCCUGAGAAAAUGGAUAAAGUAGAUAAGGGAGAGAAGGGGGAUGAAGUGGGGAAGAUAGAAAAGGUGGUGGUGGAUAAAGCAGAGAAACUGGAAGAGUUAAAAGUGGAUAAAGUAGAGAGGACAGAAAAGGUGGAGAAGGAGGAUAAAGUGGAGGAGAGUGAUAAGGUGGAGAAUAUAGUAGAAAUUGUAGAGAAGGAGGGUAAAGUAGACAAGACAGGAAAGGUGGAGGAGGAGGAUAAAGUAGAGAAGACAGGAAAGAUGGAGGAGGAGGAUAAAGCGGGUAAGGUAGAGGUGAAGAAGAUGGAUAAAGAGGAAGUGAAGAAUAAAACAGAGAAAACUGAAAGCGACAGAACUGCCGAUAAAGAAGACAAAGCCGUGAAGAUACCAGAACUGAAUGGGCAGCUGGAGAAAACUGAUAAAGAGGACGAGGAAUCGGGGAAGUCGGGUGCAGUGGAAAAGAAAGAAACAGCAGAGAAAACAGACAGUACCAAGCAAGCGGGAGAAGCAGCAACAGUGGAUAAGCAGGAGAAGACAGGCCAAACGGAAAAAGCAGAAAAGAAAGACGAGGGCAGGGAGAAGGUCAAAGCCCCCGCCGGAAACAAAGCCACCAGGGGUGUGAAAUCGCUAUCGACUAACGGGAUCGGCACUGUGCCGAAGAAGGACCUGACCAGUCCGGACAAGAAGACCAAGCCUCCUGCUGGCCCGGGCAGAAUGAGGCCCCCCAAGCCGUGGACGGACUUGCAGAGUACUUGCACCAGCAGCGCCCCCACCCAUAAACGCCCAUCCCCUUCUCCCACUUCAUCCUCCACGGCUCCCAGCAGAAAAAGCCCGUUGCCCAAGACACCUGCCCCCCACACUGCUAGCAAGCGGCCUGUGUCCGCGACCAGCCGUACCCCCACUACUACAUCCCAAGAGAACAAGCCCAAGGAAGAAAAGUGCCCUGCAGUGCCAAAGGUCAAUACUGUGCCCAAGACCAAUUCCUCCACCACGACUUCCGCCAAGCCUGCCAGAACGCCCCGGGUGUCCCCAUCCACCACACGGUCCCCUACUGGACCCCUCGCCCCACGACGUUCCUCGGCCACCAAAGCGAACGAAACAGGGGAGGUGGGGAAGCCUAGCAUCCUGAAGAGCACGCCAGCUGACUCCCGUCGACCCAAGAGCGCCCCCAAUCGGAACUCCACCAGUGGCCGUCCCACCAGGUCCCCGACAGCCGCACCCGCCCCUGCCCUGCCUGAGAGGAAGCCACCGGUGCCGCGUGCCCCCCGGUCUUCCGCAGCCCCCACCACCGCCAAGGCUGCCCCUCGCCUCAGCACCGCCCCCGGGACCGUGCCCACCUCCGAUGUCCGCAACGUCCGUUCUAAGGUCGGCUCCACGGACAAUGCCAAGCACCAGCCCGGCGGGGGAAAGGUUCAGAUAGUCAACAAAAAGCUGGACUUCAGCCACGUGACGUCGCGCUGCGGCUCCAAGGACAAUAUCAAGCAUGUGCCCGGCGGAGGCAACGUAAUGAUACUCAACAAGAAACCUGACCUAAGUAAGGUGACAUCAAAGUGUGGCUCCAAAACCAAUAUUAAACACAAGCCAGGGGGCGGUGAUGUGAAGCUAGAGUCCCUUAAAGUCAAAGAUAAGGCUCAGGCCAAAGUGGGAUCAACAGACAAUGCUGAGGGCGUGUCGGAAACUGCCAAGCAGGACGUGGCUCCCUCUAGUGGUGCCCUGGCUGCGGUGGACAGUGCUCAGGAGAGCGGUCUGAGAAAGGAGACGCCCAGUGGGGGCGAGGGGUUCCGGGGCCCACUGGGACUGGACUCGCGCAUCCCAGAGACAAGCGUGUAGCCCCCCUGUGUUGCUGCUGGAUCACCUCCUCAUCUACACCCCCUCCCCCCAGUGCUUCCUCCUCCUCUGAUUUCUCAUCUCCUCCUUCUCUCUUUCUCUCUUCUGGUUUUCCCGACCUUCCUGCUACAGAUUGAGUCCUGCAGGCUCAGACCCCCCCUUGGGGAUGCCCCGGCUCGCUCGGACCAUGGCGUCGGCAUCUCCCUCCCCCGCCCUCCCUCACUGGACCUGGCGCUCAGAACGCGACGCGCCGCUACAACCUCCUCUCUCCCACUGGUUUCCUCGGGUCACCUGCCCCUCUCCCACUGCCCAGUAGGGCAGACAGGCAGGCAGCAAAACAUUGUACUCACACAUCAUCCCAUCACCUUCCUGCCAUUUUUGGUCAUCACCCACCCCAUUUUAAUCCCACCCUCCUUCUGCAUUCCCUCAUUGGCUAAGCUAGGUAGCCAGGGGUAGGGGUCUCUCCUGGUGGGUCACAUGGGAUUUAAGAUGCCCCUCCUCUUUCAGCUGGGUGACCCAUACCCUGCCCCAAUCCCUGGAGGUAGGGUCAGGUCAAUAAGGUUGUCGAAGGGGUCCUUCUACUUCCCGCUACUUCCCGAGACCCCUCGCCCUCACGGUGUCGCCCCUAGAGAAGAGCACAGUUCUUUCCCCUGUAGCAUUUUAGCUUUGUGUCUUAGUGACAGAGUAACCUCUUGGGUAACAGUGUCCUGUUUAUGCAGUUAUUGACCAUCCCAGCCUUCCAUGACUAUAGUGUGUAGAGCAAUGCUUCUCAAACUCUUUACUCCGCUUACCACCUUAGAAAACACUAGGCUGUCCUCAUACCAUCAUUAUGACCGACAUCAUACAUGGAAAUACCUCCAUAUACCUAUAGAGGGCACUCCAUAAUUCGAGAACCACUGGUGUAGAGCAUAAAGAGUAGUCUGGUAGAAGUAACUCCAGUAACCCCUUUUAGCGAGCAUGCACAACAGUUGUGUGGUCCCAGCAGCCAUUGUCAUGUUAGCCUGAGCCCCCAGCCCCACCUGCAGAUGGGCACCACCCCAGUCCCCCAUCUGCCUCCACUGCUGAACUGUUAGCACCAGUGCAGUGCAUCAAGCUAGACUGAGCAUUCAGCAUAAUCUUAGUACCUUUAUACUCGUCCAGUUUUCGUAACGCGUGUUUUAGUAUUCCCCGUGACACCGAGUCGUCUCGUCAGUCUGUUUCUCGUAUUAUUAUUAUUAUUGCUGUUGUAAGGCUUUCUAUUUAUUUAUUUAUUUUUUAAAGUUCCCGGUGGUUCGCAUUUUCUUUAAAGAGAAUGUCCGCGAAGGCCUGGUUUUGGUAGCCAUAGUGGUUAGCGAUUAUAUCACGAGUGCUCGUCUGUAUUGCACAUUUUGUUUAGUGAAUCCAUUUCAGUACACUGACUUAAUGGGAACCCUUACUUUGGGUUUUCCGUUACACUGUAGUGCUUCUCUCGGCCGAGCGGAGAGCUGCCUGGCGCCGCUGGGUCCAAAUGAUUAGCCGACUGGCCUCGGGCGAUGAAAACUGGUGCCUCCAGUGUUACACAGGCGGUGGAGCAAAGAGUGCAGUUGUGCGCUGGCGUUAGGUGAUGUCAUACCAUCAGCUAGGCGUCCGUGGCAGUGGGAGAUGGGUCAGGGAAGGAGAAACGGAUGGGCGUCAGAUCAUAUGUAACAGUCACAGUGAUGUCAUCUUUGAGAGGUGGUCGGGGGGGCAGGUAGAGCGGAAGUUAUAUAGCAGCAAGGGGGGGGCAGUCAGACUGAAACUGAUACAACUCUAAUUAUGACAGUGGGCAGUAGACCAGGUCAGUUGAUUAAUUGGUGUUAAUCAGGAUUGCUUUGUCCUGUAUUAACGCAGUGACAUUGGGACCUCUGUGCUCUAAGAUCUACUAGUAAGUCCUGUUUCUUAAAAACCUUAUACCUUAUACCAUUCACCUUAUUACAUACACUUAAAUGAUACACUUAAAAUUCUAAUACCAUGUUCUUUUGAGGUUGUCUGUCUGUGCGAGAGGGAGUUUGGCCAUAAGACUGGUUGCUUGUGUGUUGGCAUGUAUCCGUCAUUUGUCCCCCUGCUCCCCUGUCCCAGUCCCCCCCCCAGAAACCUGAUGCUGAACGAGACAUAACAAACAUUAUGGCCCCUCUGUCAGAACACGCAGCUUUCUUUGCAUUCAGUGUGAGUGAAGGGUGGUGUGGUGAAAUGCGACGGUAGGAACAAUCAGCACUGAGCUAAUGAACAAAAACGGCGGGAUAUCAUGUGAUCAUCGGUAGUAUAGUGUCAUAACGAGGUUUUAAUGCUUUACAGCAGGGAGAAUCUGUAUAAUACAGAAAAACCUGCAUGUACAAUAUGAAGGAAAUUUGAUCGCAAUAAAGUAAAAGUGUGUACAUGUGGUAGUACAAGCACUGUAAUAUUAAGUAUUAGUAUGUGGUCAUUCAGUCUGGCAGGCUGUUCCUGCUUUGAGGGUAUACAUUGUUAUACUUUGUUGCAUUAAAAACAAAUAUUUAAAAUUAAAGGUUUGAGAGAAACUAAUAUGUUGAGUUGGAAGAACAAAUGUAUGUUGGGAAAAAUGCUAUGCUUUUUCAAUAUCAGAAAUGUUUUUUUCAGUAUGAGAAAUGUGUACUGUGGAGCUUCUUAAAAGAGCAGUUUCGCUGAGGUUUUCCUCUCGAUCCUCGAUGUUCUCCAGCCAAUCACGUUGCAUCCUCCCUGCAGACUACCAGCCUACACAUCACUCUCCUUUGAGAAUGUCCUGGUUGUACCGUAGAUGUACAGUAUAGUCAUUUGUUGUUACAUUGGGCUUAUUGGCCCAUGGGAGAAAUCGCACACCUGAACGGUUGAGUAGGUUUGGGCUAUUUCGAUAGUGUGCCACUUUCAAUGCCUUCUGUUUGGCGGCUGAAACAUGAGAAUAUUUUAAAUGAUCAUGUCAGACACCACACGUGUAUUCAUAUUCACAUCGACACAUCUUCAACUUUGAGUCGUCCUGUAGAAAAUACAAUUACCACGAAAGGAAUGGGAUUGUUUCCAAAGACCACCAAUUGAAAAGCAAAAAAAGCACCAAUUGAAAAGCAAAUUUCCAAAACUCAGUCCAUAUUUUUGUUGUUUUUUAGAUAAGACCUCUAAUGACCUAAAGUCAUUCUUCGUCAUCAAAUGUUACAAUAUCGGGAACCAAAACUCAGUCCUCAUGUAAUCCAGCGGACCUGUUGAUAGGUAAUGGUGUGUGUUUGUUUGUAUAAGGAAAGAAGCAGAGAAUCCAAGUCUGUUAGGCCAAAACUAGAAUUUUGAAUUAGAAUUUAGAAGAAUUUAGUGAUUAAUUGACUAUAAAGAUACAUUGUUUUUUUAGUGUUUCCUUCAAUAUGUUGCACGCACCUGUCCCAAGACCCCAUCAUGAAACAUCAUCACCCAACAGGAAGGGCCUCUCUGGGUGCCACAGCAGGAAACAGCGGCCUCUUCGAUGUCCUUUGGAUCCAAAAUAAAAAGGAAAUGCAGUUUAUGCAAUUCAUCAAUAAGACGCACGUCACCUGAUAUAAGAGGAAUGAUGUAUGGGAAGUAUUUUGAUAGGCAGGUUGAUAUUCUUUCCAUGGGCUAGAUCCCAAUAUAGGCAUGGCUCAGGAGCGCCAUAGAGAGAGUCAGCAGCUCUCCCUGAAUGACUGACAAGCUCUUCACGUACUAAGGGUCUUUGUACUGACUUAGUGGUUAGAAACCUCCCCGACCCAGCCUCUGCUGACAGUCCACGCCAAAUGUGGAUAUAUUUAACGAUAGCAAAAGCAAGCUGAAGAUGGUUCAGCUACAUAAACGUUUGCCAUUUGCGUGUGCAGGGCUUGUUUGUGGUUUUUCUUUUUUCUUUUUUGGAUCAACGUGUUUGUGAUUAAUUGUUAUUAGUGACGUGAUUAUUAAACAACGUUAAAGGACA